GAAUACAUAACUGCGAGAUUAGAGCGGCUGCGUGUUUUUAAUUAUAUAAAUGCAAUCUGAAAGAUCGCCGGCAAAAAUUCAUUAUGAUGCUGCUCGCCUAUGGUAAAAUUCGAUGAGGAAAUUUUGUUAGUUAUUGCAACGUUUAGCGGACUAGUUACUUACAAAAAUGAACAUAACCUCACAUGUGCAACGGGUGAAGUUUUUAUACAAAACUAUCCUGAAACUUCACCGCGGCUUACCGUUGGAAAUUCAACCUCUGGGCAAUAAUUACGUCCGCGAUGAAUUUAGGCGGCAUAAAAAUUGCAACCCUGCAGAGGCUCAAGUUUUCAUGACAGAGUGGGCUGAUUAUGCUACAAAACUUGCCGAGCAACUGGGACUUAGAGGACCACAGCAAGCCAAAAAAUUAGGUAUAGAUUUGGACCAGGAUGCGAUUGAGAAAAUGAGAGAUGAGCAAAUACAGCAACUCUAUGAAUUGAUGAUGACGGCAACUGGAAAACACGUUGAAAAGAGUAAUGAUACUUAAUCAUAGGUGCACUGGGUUGUUACCCUCUGUAAGU